GAUCAAGUAUCUGCCGACAGCCCAGCGUUAUAUAAAACCUGCAAAGUGGAUAAAGAUCAUCUGCAGUAGGCAAACUGUGCAAGGAUAAAAUGUUUCAAAUUAUAAUUUUAGUGGCAUCUUCUUUAGCGUUGACAGCGGCCGUUCAGUUCACGGACUGUACCACUGACAAGAGUAAUGCAAUUGUGACAGUGCAACAACUGGACUUUUCUCCGUCUCCACUUAUAUUUCCGGGAGAUGUGCACUUUACAUUGAAUUUAACAGCUUAUCAGCCGAUUAAUUAUCUGUUCGUGGACGUUGUACUAGAGAAAAAAUUACUCGGAAUAUGGACAAAAGUUCCGUGUAUUCGAAACAUAGGCACAUGUAACAAUAUUGAUUUCUGUCCGAUACUGCCCACUAUUCUAAAUGGAUCUUCGUUAAUAUCAAAGGAGUUGGGACAGCAAAUUGAUACAAUGCUGGAAUCAGCACUUGGACACAAACUACGUUGUCCCAUCCAGCCUGAGACUCUAGAUAUAAAGGAUUAUACUCUUAGCCUUCAGGCAGUUUCGAGUACCCUUUCCUGGUUUAGUCAUGGCGACUAUAGGAUCCAGAUAUCAGUGAAAGACGAUCCUACAACCACAGACAACCUUGGUUGUAUAAAGUUCCUGGCGAAGAUAGGAGUUCCAACACCAGGGGUCGGCUGAGCCGUAUUUUUUGCAACAAAGAGUGACACUGCAUACAAUAAAAGUCCAGUUAUCAGACAAUUUGUUUAGUCAAGUCCAAAAUAUAUUAUCUCAACUUGUAUGCUUUUUCAGGAACCCAUUCUCCGUUGCAUUUUAAAAUGGUUAUGAUACAAAACACAUUUUGUAAUAUAUUUUUAUACACGGCGAUUGAAAGAGCUCAAUAAGACACCGUGACAUAACCUACGACGACAUGGUACUGUGUUGCAGAACAAUAAUUUCCUUUAAAAUAGAUUGUUUAUAAUUUCACGAGUUCAUUACCAGAUAAAAAAGUUUAAUUAAAUGGUUUAAAAUGUG